CGUCAAGCCUAUUUGCAUUUUAAGGAUAAUAACUUUGACACUCAUCUGACCAUUUGGAAAACCACUGGAUAAAACAAUGAUAAAUUCAUAAUGCCCUCUCGAGUAUUGUUUACAAGAAUUCAGGCGCAAAGUGCGUUGGCUAUUGGUAGAUUGGUCACAUCUCACGAGAAUAUUUUCAACAGUACUGCUAAACUUAGAUCAUCAUUAAUUCAAAACGGCGCAGAGCAGUUCUCGCCGUCAUAAGUCCGAAAAAAAAACGCGAUUUUACUCGCCUAGGAAAUAAAAAAGUUCACGUUUCCUUUUUAAAUGAAACUUUGAAUGAGUACGUUCUAAAAUAUAACGGUCAAAAAUGGCUCAUACGUCUUCUUGGAGCUACGCCGAUAAUGGUUUCGGUCCUCACACUUGGCAGGAUCGCUACAAAGUCGCCGAAGGUAAUUUGCAGUCUCCGAUUAACAUCGACACCGAGGCAGCAAAGGAAGACAUCAUUGUGGAGGCAAUUAAGUUUAAUUAUUUGCCCAUGAAGAACAGCACCAUCACUAAUGAUGGACGGCAUCUUCAAAUCACAUUAACAAGAAAUGAUUCAGUUGUCACCGGAGGCCCACUGACAGAUACAUACCAGUUGGCUGUUAUACGCUUCCGCUGGGGACAUGACAACGACUCCGGGUCGGAACACGCAAUCAAUGAUCAAAAUUAUCCAUUGGAGGUUCAGCUAAUCCAUUGGAACAAAAGCCUUUACAAAAAUAUUGGUGAAGCUAUGGGAGGAGAAAAUGGUUUAUGUAUCAUAGGACUUCUGUACCAGGUGUCAGACGACGACAAUGAGGGCUUAAUGCCAAUUAUAAAAUUGCUCUCUCGGGAGGAAAAUAAGGGCUGCUUUUCGUUGGAGGUGAAAUCUAACAUUGAUCCAACCUGUUUUAUAAAAGAUAUGACGUCAUACUGGACAUAUCAAGGGUCACUUACAACUCCUCCUAUGAGUGAGAAUGUCACAUGGAUAAUAUCAGAAGAUAUCAUGAAAAUAUCCGAGAAACAGCUAAGUGCGUUUCGUAAUGUUCGCAACAGUAGUGGAGAACUUAUGGCUGGUCACUGCAGACCGCUCUGUCCAUUGAAUGGGCGACUUGUAAGGUUCUGUGCCAUGAAUAGCAAUUACAACAUCGAGGACACACAGGACAAUAAUAACACUCUCGUUGAGGACUGCGACGAUGACAAAGAAAAUGAGAUUGUGGAUGCUAAUGCGAAUUACAGUUGUGACGAUUCUGGGCCAGAUGGGACAGACAAAGGUUACUUUGAGGACAUCUACAAGCUGGAAGCGAUUGGUGAUCCUGUGGACCUGUAGCCGCCUUAGGUAAUUGGUGGUCCACCCAAAGUUGAGUUUAUCUGUCGAAACAAACUUGCUGCAUAACCUUGUCAACUAGAUGAUCUUGAAGAGAUCAAAUGCAGAUAUAUCCCUAUCAUUUAUAAUUGACAAUGGAUGUUGGCCAAGAAAGUCCUAAGGUGAUUAUUGAUAACUGAGAAGGUGAUUAGUUGUAACUGAGAGAGUAAAUGAACAGUCCCUACCGACUCUGUAAAGUGAAAAACACCAUUAAUAGUUCAAAUAAAGAAUGAUGUAGGCUUAGUGACUGAUUUUUUUAAAGGAAAGCUCUACCAGCACCAAAUUUGAAUCGAUCCUUUCUAGUGUGUUGGUCCUUUAUGUGUCAACCAUUGCCAAAAAUAUACAAAUGAAACUUUGCCUAUUA